AAAAGUUGUCGGGUGAACGACAGAAAAAAAAAAAAAAAAAAAAAAAAAACGACACCCCUCCCUCUCUUACCCGAGGGGAGUGUGUGAGAGAGUGUGUAACAGAAUAGAGAACGAGUCUGAAGAAACGAGGAAAAGUUCGCCAAGCAACUUCGUGAACUCCGCGGAUCUUGUGUUUGUCCCUUUCGCGCUUUCACAAACUUGACGCAGAACGGAUCUGUACGCGAGACGGACGCCAGUGUGAGGAGUUCACGCGCAGGAGGAGAGAAUGAGGACUGGAUCUGUGAGCAGAUUGUGUGCGUUUUGGUGUGUAUUGGCUCUGCUGCCCUUAACAACAGCCGAUGAAGCAGAAAAGCUGGCUCCAGGACGACAGUCUCGUCAGGCAGAGGAGGAGGGGCUUGAAGGGGUGUGGGGUCCAUGGAGCGAGUGGGUGGAGUGUUCUCAGAGCUGUGGAGUGGGCGUGUCUGAGAGGAGGAGACAGUGUAUGCCGCCGCCCCAAACCCCACCUCUUGUAUGGAACAGACCAGCUUAUCUUCCACCGGGUGUCCCGAACAACACUCCUGUGAUCUCUGCAGUCAGACCCUACUACAACUCCUUGUAUCCCAUCAAUGAGCCCCCUCCAUAUGGAGCAGGGGGUGCUGAGAGGCCUCCGUUCUAUUCCCCGCCUCUUCCAGCCAAUCAGAAUCCUGGAUUACCGCUCUACCGAAAUGAAGCCGGUGGUGCUGGGCCGGUGCAGUUCGGACCUCCCAAUCAGGAGCCGGUUUCAGUCUACCGAUCACCUUCCUCAUCAUCUUCACUUCCCUAUGGGAGAGUUCCCGGACGGCCGUCCAGUCAAGGAAGAGCUGUAGGCAGUGGAAGCAGGAGGUCAGUUUCCACCAAUAGGGAUCCAGCGUCUGUAAGAAGGUCUAGUUCUUCUAUUCGCCCUGGACAGUUUGGGUACGGCAGAGUGCCAUUCUCUCUUCCUCUACACAGACAAAAUCGACAUGCGCGCCACACGCAUCACCAUAACACCACAUCCACAGAGAGAUUCGACGCUCUCAGUGUUAACUCCAGCUCACGUGUGGACAAAACACAGGGAGAAGUGGAAAAAUCUAUUACAGAUGUGGCCAAUGUUAACAGAGAACGAAAAGAGAAAGACAGGGCUGAAAUGGAGACGGAGGCGGGUGCCACGACAGCAGACGUGGAGAGUGAUGCUGCUGCCGAUGGAGAGCCACACAGACGAGCAGAGAGAGUGCGGGAACGCGAUCGAAUCGCCCAUUCACGGACCCUGACCCAGAGGCACGCGGCCCGUGACAGACGCAUCGAUGGCCGCUCUUCUCGCCAAGCCCCACACUCCUACACGCACACUAUCCACCGAGCGCACACUCCCAGAGACCCUCCUCCCUACGGCAUCCAGACACCCACAAACCCAAACCCUGAGCCCUGGGUCCCACAGAACGCUGCCCAGCCCUCCAGAAACGAAGCCGAGAGGGACUGGAGGCCUCCUGCUGCUGCCCGCAACUACAGAUGCGCUGGCAGGGACAGAGAGUACCGCAGGUGCAGUCUACAGGCAUGUCCAGGUGCUCCAGUAAACUCCAGAGCUGAGCAGUGUGCAGCGUUCAACAGUCAAGAGUUUAUGGGACGCGUGUAUGACUGGGAGCCUUUCACAGAAGUGGGUCUGGAGCAGCAGUGUGAGCUGACCUGUCGUCCGGUUGGCUACCGUUUCUAUGUGCGGCAGGCGGAGAGGGUACGAGAUGGAACGCCGUGCGCAAAUAACACACCCAAUGAUGUGUGUGUGGGAGGACGCUGUCUGAGUGAGGGAUGUGACGGUGUGUUGGGCUCAGGGUUGGUUCGGGAUCGCUGUGGCGUGUGUGGCGGAGGAGACGGCACCUGCGAGAGGGUCACAGGAAGUUUCCUGAACACAAGUGUUCCCCUGGGUUACCACAAAAUCCUGGAUAUCCCUCCCGGAGCCACAGCUAUCAACAUCACAGAGAGACGAGCCAGUCCAAACUAUCUGGCCCUACGCAGUGGAACAGGUCAGUCUGUGGUGAACGGACGCUGGGCGGUCGAUCCGCCGGGAGAGUAUCAGGCAGGAGGAACCACCUUCCUGUACAGCCGACCAAAAGCUGGGCCUCACGAGCAUGGGGAAGAGAGAGGAGAGACCCUCACAGCGCCUGGACCCACAACCACCCAGCUGCAGCUAUACAUUAUUUUCCACAGGCAGAAUCCAGGCAUAGACUAUGAAUAUUAUAUCCCAGUGGAGAAACAGAGGGACGGUGAGAGAGAAGUACACAGAGAGAGGGAGCGAGGACGGGCAGCACUCCGAGAAAUCAGUGCUGUCUCAGUGGCAGUCGAAAACCCUAUUGCUCCUCCUCCUGUGUUGUCUUCUGCCUCCUCGCCUCCAUUUUCCUUCCCUUCCUCCUCAUCUUCCUCUGCAUCUGAUCGAUGGCAACCAGAGAGGCCCCGCCCACAGGCCUUAGGACCCAAUCGUAACGCUCGGAUCCCUCCAAGAACGGACCUCCCACUGGACAAUCAGCCUCCGUUUGUGUGGCGAAGAGGCCCGCUGACAGAAUGCACCGCUACCUGUGGAAAAGGCUCUCAGUACAGAGAGAUUGUGUGUGUGAAUAGACACACAGAACAGGAAGUCCAUGAGAGGAGGUGCGACUCUGCAACCAAACCCAUACCAGAGGAGGAACCGUGCAAUGUUCAUCCUUGUCCACCAUUCUGGGACACGGGCGCGUGGUCGGAGUGCAGUGUAUCCUGCGGCUGGGGUGUGCAGCAACGUCACAUACAGUGCAGGCAGAGUUUUGGGAAUCGUUCGACGAUGGUUCACCCUCAGCGCUGCUCCGGUCUCUCCCGUCCCAAUGCCACACAGCCCUGCCACCUGCGCGUCUGCUCCCACUGGGAGAUCAGCACCAACUGGAGCGCGUGUUCAGUGGAUUGUGGAGUGGGAAAGAGAGUACGGAGUGUACGCUGUGUCAGUAACCAUGGUAACACUGUGAAUGACAGGGAGUGCAAUGACAGGCUCCGCCCACAGCGCACCGAGGACUGUCACAUGGGCCCUUGUGUCACUAAUUGGUACUUCACGGAUUGGACAAACACUUGUUCUGCGACGUGCGGGCCGGGUGUCCUGCGGAGAGAGGUGGUGUGUUUGACCGGUGGAGGCAGGAGAGAAGGAGACGGCGGAGUGGAAUGUGUGGGAGAGAAACCGGCUGAUAUGAAGGCCUGUAACGGGGGUCCCUGUACACCCACCCACCUGUGGUACACUGGACCCUGGGGACAGUGUAAUGUAGCGUGUGGUAACGGCACCCAGCGCAGGGACGUCAUCUGCGUGAAGAAGACAGGAAGUGACUUCACAGUGAGCGGCUCCAGUGAGUGCUCCCACCUGGAGAAGCCGUCCCCAGUGCAGUCGUGUGAACUGCAGCCUUGCAAACCACAGUGGUUCACCACCGAAUGGAGCACGUGCUCUCGCUCCUGCGGGGAAGGGGUGCAGACACGGGAGGUCCGGUGUCUCACGGCAGAAAAACAGUACAGUGCUGCCUGCGAUCUUGACACUAAACCUGCGCAUGAGCAGACCUGUAACACCAUACCAUGCAGUCCAUUUGAAGAUGAGAACUGUAAAGACAGACGACAUAACUGUGUAACGGUGGUCCAGGCCCGACUCUGCGUCUACUCCUAUUACAAGACCGCCUGCUGUGCAUCCUGUACCCAAAGUGCUCAGCGGGCCAAAAGACAUUAACCCUAGACAGGUCACAAAAAUGCCAGGUUCAGAGAAUCACUACGAGCCAACCAGAGCCAAAACUCAGCCAAUCAGUGAUCGCAUCACAGGAGACAGCCAAUCAGAGGCCAGUCAUGUUCAAAUGGAAUUCCAAGAAAGAAUUCCACCUUGAACUGAGCUGAGAUCAGGAUCCAUUUAAAGAGAAAGUUUUAUAAUGUUACCGCAUAUGGGCUCAGAUGAUUGACAGUAGCUCUUCCCCUAUAGAUGAAGAGUCAGCAGCAGUGCUAGGACUGUUUAGUACACUAUACUGUCAAAUACUUAACCAUUCCUUAAAUGACCUUUAAACGAAUGCACUGAUGUCGCAGGUCCACUUUCUGGACACGUAUAUGAAGAUAAUGUUAAGUGAGAACUAUUCUAGAAGUUGCCUUUGUGCUUUUGUCACACAUGAAGUGUUUCAUAAAUGUUUCUUUUAAUUGCAAACAAAUCAGCAUAUCUGGAAUCAUAAUCACUGAACUAUAUUCCAUCUCAUUUAGCCGGUUUGUGAGGCGAGAGAGUUGUGUGACCAAACGAUGACAAAACAUCAGUUACACACAUAAUAUACAUCCUUCUCCUCAUUAAGUUGCAUAAUAUGUUGCUUGGAAUUUACUGUUUUUGUAAGAAAGUGAAAAGGAGAGAAAGAAUGCAUCCAUUUGUUUUCAUGUGAAUGCACAUAAUUACAUAAUUAUUGCCUAAAAAUUACUCAAGAAACAAUAGAUUCUUACACAAAUGUCAGUUCCCCCUUGGCUUUGUCUCAGUCCCCUAAAUUGUAAGAUAGCCAUCUUUAUUCUUUAGGUUGGUUUUGUCUGAAUGUAUUUCAGUCAUUUAGUGUUCCAUGUUUUAGUGAUUUUUUUUUUUUUUUUUUUUUUUUUGUGACUUUUUUUUUUUUUUUCUUGUGAUGUCUGGCUGUUUUUAUUGGUUGCCCACAAUAUAAAUUCAAAUUACAGAAUCACCGUUUCAGAAGCACUACCAGUUUUAAUAUCAUAAUCAUAAAGCAUUUUUCUUGUGCAUUUCAUUUUGUGUAAUUUAAGGCCUCUGAUAAAUGAUUGCUAUGGAUAUGUGCGCAGGCAGAAUGCAUUUAGGACAGAAUUGUUUGUACGGUUUAUUCAUUGCACAAGUAUUAAAUAUGCAAAUAGUAUAGUCAUUUAGCCAAAGCGAUGUACAAUGCAAGACCAUUGCCCUGUGGUUAAAAUACUUAAGGGUUUCUAGUAUCACAGAUCAAAUGUGAACUUUCUGUUACCAGACCAUAGCUAUAACUAUUAUAGGCUACUAUAACCUCUUGACUCAGUUCUCCCUGAUUGCAAACAAACCAUUUAGUGUAUAAAUACAGUCUGUGUGUGUGUGUGUGUGUGUGUGUGUGUGUGUGUGUGUGUGUGUAUGUGUGUGUGUGUGUGUGUGUGGUUCAGGUAUACCCUACCUUACAAGAUGUCCCCAAAAAGAUGGCAAUAUCCGAAAUCCUUGUCUUUGUGGGGACAUUUUUGGUCCCACUGAGGAAAACAGCUUAUAAAUCAUAUAAGUGAUGUUUUUCGAGAAUGUAAAAAAUGCAGAAAGUUUUCGGUGAUGGGUAGGUUUAGGGUUAGGGGAUUGGAUAUUUGUACAGGAAAAAAAAAAAAUCAUUAUGUCUAUGAAAAGUCCCCAUAAAACGUGUGUGUAUGUGUUUGUCUGAGAGUUUAUGUACAUAUUUUGUAUGUAUAUUAUCACAUACAUUUAGAAUGGUAGCAGAGACUCUUUAGAAGAAUAAAAAAAAGAUGCUUUUAUAUAUGAAACAGGAAACAUAGCUAUUUAUCUAUGAUAAAAUACAUAUAAUUUAUUUUUUUUUUUUCUUAAAUGGAUCACUUACUGUCUUUGGAAAUUCAAGAUCAACUUGUCAUUGUUAUACAUUUACUGUAUGUUGCUUUGAUAUGGAAUAAACAGUGUGUGCAGAUUUUACCACAAUUACUAUUCAUAAUAAAGAAACCUACAACCGUA